AUGCUGUCGUUGAUCUCCCACCCUUCACUGAGCUCCCUAACCAAGACCACGGCCAAGGACCAGGAGGAGACCCGCCCUAACUCCGAUGUUGAUAGUCUCAAGGAAAAUGACAACGACCACGGCUUACACCAGGCGCGGACCAAGACGUCAGCGCUGGCAGUCCAUGAUCAAGUCCAAUCCAAAUGGCCGUUUUUCCAUGGGCAUUUGAGACAAACUCGUCGUCUCAUCUUCACUCAACACGCGAUUGUCUGUGCGUUGAUGGCGGCGUUGAUGUUGGGGAUCUUUUCCAUUUAUUGGGGGUCAAUGUUCCACAAGACUGACCACCAAAGAUAUCUCAAAAUGUUGGUGCUUAUUGAGGAUUAUGAGACAAUUGAUCUGAUUCCUCCUGUAUUUGGUAAUAAGCUUGUAGAGGUGUUGAGCACCGCUGAGGCUAAGCGAAUUGGAGAGUGGCACAUCUAUACCCCGGGAAACUUUCUGGCAAUCCAACCAAAAGAUACCAAUUCGACAUCACAAACAGUGGAGACGUUGAUUCACGAGCAAAAGUUUUGGGCAGCAAUUCACGUCCAAGCUAAUGCUACCCACAAUUUCUACCAAGCUAUGAUGGCGGGGAACAGCAGCUAUGUUGCUGGUAACGAAACCUGGCACUUGGUGUAUGAAACCGGUCGUGAUUUUGUCAAUAUUCCCUCAUACGUGGUGAAGAAUUGUCAAGCUAUCCAGGGGAUGAUGUUAGCUGACCAACAAUCAAUUACUGAAUCUCUUCUCGACGCUGUCCAGGACAAAGGGGACGACAUUGACACGAUAGUACAGCGGGGGUGGAAGCUUCUAUCUCAGCCACUUACAUUCACUGUUCGUGAUCUCCGCCCGGUGACUGACGGCACGUUGCUUGCUCCUGCUCAGGUGGGAUUGAUUUAUAUGAUUCUUGUGACGUUCUUUCUGUUUGCCAUGUUCCAAGACCUACACGUGACGGUGAGUAAGUCUGCCCUUAUGCCUAAGCAUUAUGUGUUGUACCGAAUUAUGUCAUCAAUCUUAUCGUAUUUUUGGCUAUCACUCAUGUACUCGUUGGUGUCGCUAGCCUUUCAAAUUGAUUUUGGUCGAGCAUUUGGCCGCGCUGGUUUUGUUGUCUACUGGAUGACCAACUGGAUGGCGAUGACGGCGCUAGGCACGAUAAAUGAAGUGUUAGCUCACUUUAUAGUUUUGGUAUACCCUUCCGUGCUUGGGUUUUGGUUGGUGUUUUGGGUGAUGGCUAAUGUAUCACCGACAUUCACCCCUAUGGCGUUGACUGCCAAUUUCUACCGAUACGGGUACGCUAUGCCCUUAUACAACACCGUGGAAAUUACCAAGUGCAUCUUUUUCGAUACUUAUCGAGGCCAUAUGGGACGGUGUUUCGGUAUUCUUGCUGCCUGGAUCGUGGUAUCGAACAUUGCAUUGGCGUUGGUGAUUCCAUUUUUCGGUAAGACGAUGGCAAAGCGAGCGGCUAAAGCAGCUCAAGCUGCCGCCGACAAACAAACACGAGACGCCUAG